UUCGUCUCCCCCCAAGCCCCGGUCCCCUCCCCUGCUCCCACCCCCUUCUCCCGGCGCCGGGUGCAAGGUCCCUUUAAGGCGACGGCGCCUUCUUCGGGUCAGACUACCGGCGGCGACGACCACGGGAGCAUGGCGGACACUGACCUGUUCAUGGAAUGUGAGGAGGAGGAGCUGGAGCCAUGGCAGAAAAUCAGUGAUGUGAUUGAGGAUUCUGUAGUUGAAGAUUAUAAUUCAGUGGAAAAAACUACUACAGUUUCUGUGAACCAGCAGCCAGUCUCGGCUCCAGUGCCCAUCGCUGCCCAUGCUUCUGUUGCUGGGCACCUCUCUACAUCUACCACUGUUAGUAGCAGCGGGGCACAGAACAGUGACAGUACAAAGAAGACUCUUGUCACACUAAUUGCCAACAACAAUGCUGGCAAUUCUUUGGUCCAACAAGGUGGACAGCCACUCAUCCUAACUCAGAAUCCAACCCCAGGUCUGAGCACAAUGGUUACUCAACCAGUAUUGAGACCUGUCCAAGUCAUGCAGAAUGCCAAUCAUGUGACUAGUUCCCCUGUAGCCUCACAACCAAUAUUUAUCACUACACAGGGGUUUCCUGUAAGAAAUGUCCGGCCUGUACAAAAUGCAAUGAAUCAGGUUGGGAUUGUGCUCAACGUACAGCAAGGCCAAACAGUUAGACCAAUUACACUAGUUCCAGCCCCAGGUACCCAGUUUGUUAAGCCGACAGUUGGAGUCCCACAAGUGUUCUCUCAGAUGACCCCAGUGAGGCCAGGCUCCACAAUGCCUGUGCGGCCUACCACCAACACCUUUACCACCGUCAUCCCAGCCACUCUCACUAUUCGAAGCACCGUCCCACAGUCUCAGUCCCAGCAGACCAAGUCCACUCCCAGCACUUCCACCGCUCCUACUGCCACACAGCCGACCUCACUGGGGCAACUAGCUGUUCAGCCGCCAGGCCAAUCUAACCAGACCCCAAAUCCCAAGCUAGCUCCCUCCUUCCCCUCUCCACCUGCAGUGAGCAUUGCCAGCUUUGUCACUGUGAAGCGACCUGGGGUUACAGGUGAAAAUAACAAUGAAGUGGCCAAACUGGUGAAUACCCUUAACACCAUCCCUUCCCUGGGCCAUAGUCCUGGGCCAGUGGUGGUACCCAACAACAGCUCUGCCCAUGGCUCUCAACGAACCGGUGGACCUGAGUCUUCAGUGAAAGUGACCUCUUCCAUCCCAGUGUUUGACCUUCAGGAUGGCGGACGGAAAGUAUGUCCACGGUGUAACGCUCAAUUCCGUGUUACUGAAGCUUUGAGAGGUCACAUGUGUUACUGUUGCCCAGAAAUGAUUGAAUACCAGAAGAAAGGAAAGUCUCUGGAUUCAGAACCCAUUGUCCCAUCAGCAGCAAAGCCCCCAUCCCCUGAGAAAACGGCUCCUAUUGCUUCCACACCUUCUUCUACACCUAUUCCUGCUCUGUCACCACCUACCAAAGUACCAGAGCCAAAUGAGAAUGUGGGUGAUGCUGUCCAGACCAAGCUCAUUAUGCUAGUAGAUGACUUCUACUAUGGACGGGAUGGUGGCAAAGUAACCCAACUCACAAACUUCCCUAAAGUCGCCACAUCUUUCCGAUGCCCCCAUUGUACCAAAAGGCUAAAAAACAACAUUCGAUUCAUGAACCAUAUGAAACACCAUGUAGAACUCGAUCAACAGAAUGGUGAGGUGGAUGGUCAUACUAUCUGCCAACACUGUUAUCGCCAGUUUUCCACUCCCUUCCAGCUCCAAUGCCACUUGGAAAAUGUUCAUAGUCCCUAUGAAUCGACUACCAAGUGCAAGAUCUGUGAGUGGGCGUUUGAGAGCGAGCCACUAUUUCUCCAGCAUAUGAAGGACACUCAUAAGCCUGGGGAGAUGCCUUAUGUUUGCCAGGUGUGUCAGUACCGCUCCUCCCUCUACUCAGAGGUGGACGUCCAUUUCCGGAUGAUUCACGAGGACACCCGGCAUCUGCUCUGCCCUUACUGCCUCAAGGUCUUCAAGAACGGCAAUGCAUUCCAGCAGCACUACAUGAGGCACCAGAAAAGGAAUGUUUAUCACUGCAACAAAUGCCGCCUGCAGUUUCUCUUUGCCAAGGACAAAAUUGAACACAAGCUUCAGCACCAUAAAACCUUCCGUAAACCCAAGCAGCUGGAAGGCUUGAAGCCAGGCACCAAGGUGACAAUCCGGGCUUCCCGAGGACAGCCACGAACUGUUCCUGUAUCCUCCAGUGAUGCCCCUCCCAGCACUUUGCAGGAGGCAGCACCACUGACCUCCUCAACAGACCCUCUGCCUGUCCUCCUUUACCCUCCUGUCCAGCGCAACAUCCAGAAGAGAGCUGUUAGGAAAAUGAGUGUCAUGGGCCGACAAACGUGUCUGGAGUGCAGCUUUGAGAUCCCAGAUUUCCCUAAUCAUUUUCCUACUUACGUUCACUGCUCUCUGUGCCGCUACAGCACCUGCUGCUCUCGUGCUUAUGCCAACCACAUGAUCAACAAUCAUGUUCCACGGAAGAGCCCCAAGUAUUUGGCUUUGUUUAAAAAUUCUAUGAGUGGAGUCAAGCUGGCCUGCACUUCAUGCACCUUUGUUACCUCUGUGGGAGAUGCCAUGGCCAAGCAUUUGGUGUUCAACCCCUCUCACAGAUCCAGUAGCAUCCUGCCACAGGGACUCACCUGGAUAGCUCACUCAAGACAUGGCCAGACUCGUGACCGAGUGCAUGACCGGAGCUUGAAGAAUAUAUACCCUCCUCCUUCCUUCCUCUCUAAUAAAGCUGCCACUGUGAAAUCUGCAGGGGCCACCCCUGCUGAGCCUGAAGAGCUUCCAACUCCCGUGGCCCGGGCACUCCCAUCACCAGCUUCAACUGCAACCCCGCCAGCCCCAACUCACCCCCAGCCCCUGGCCCUUCCACCCUUGGCCAGAGAGGGGACCGAAUGUCUGAAUGUUGAUGACCAGGAUGAAGGGAGCCCAGUCACCCAGGAACCUGAGCAAGCAUCAGGGGGUGGUAGUAGCAGUGGGAUUGGCAAGAAGGAGCAGCUGUCAGUGAAGAAGCUUCGAGUGGUACUGUUUGCCCUAUGCUGCAAUACAGAACAGGCAGCUGAACACUUCCGAAACCCCCAGCGGCGUAUCCGGCGUUGGCUUCGGCGCUUCCAAGCCUCCCAGGUGGAGAAUCUGGAGGGCAAAUAUCUGAGCUUAGAAGCUGAAGAGAAACUGGCUGAGUGGGUGCUAACCCAGCGGGAGCAGCAGCUACCUGUAAAUGAGGAGACCUUGUUCCAGAAAGCCACCAAAAUAGGACGUUCUUUGGAGGGGGGAUUUAAGAUCUCUUAUGAAUGGGCUGUCCGUUUCAUGCUACGGCACCAGCUGACUCCCCAGGCCCGGCGAGCUGUGGCCCACGCUUUACCUAAGGGUGUGGCAGAGAACGCAGGACUCUUCAUCGAAUUUGUCCAACGGCAGAUUCACAACCAGGACCUCCCCUUGUCUAUGAUUGUGGCUGUUGAUGAGAUCUCCUUGUUUCUGGAUACAGAGGUGCUGAGCAGUGAAGACCGAAAGGAGAAUGCCCUGCAGACAGUGGGUACAGGGGAACCUUGGUGUGAUGUAGUCCUGGCUAUUCUGGCAGAUGGCACUGUUCUCCCCACCCUGGUUUUCUACCGGGGACAAGUGGAUCAGCCUGCUAGUGUGCCAGACUCUAUAUUGCUAGAAGUGAAGGAGAGUGGCUACAGUGAUGACGAGAUCAUGGAGCUGUGGUCAGCCCGAGUGUGGCAGAAGCACACAGCUUGCCAGCGCAGCAAAGGCAUGCUCGUGAUGGACUGUCAUCGCACUCACUUGUCAGAAGAGGUGAUGGCUAUGCUCAGUGCCUCUAGCACUUUGCCUGCAGUGGUCCCAGCAGGCUGUAGCUCCAAAAUUCAGCCAUUAGAUGUAUGCAUCAAACGAAGUGUCAAGAACUUCCUGCACAAAAAGUGGAAGGAGCAGGCUCGGGAAAUGGCAGAUACUGCAUGUGAUUCUGAUGUCCUGCUUCAACUGGUGCUGGUCUGGCUGGCUGAGGUACUUGGUGUCGUUGGGGACUGUCCAGAGCUAGUUCAGCGAUCCUUCCUUGUGGCUAGCGUUCUGCCUGGCCCUGAUGGCAACAUCAACUCACCUAUAAGAAAUGCUGACAUGCAGGAGGAGCUAAUUGCCUCCCUAGAGGAGCAGCUGAAGCUGAGUGGGGAACAGUCCGAGGAGCCCUCAGCAUCUACUCCCCGACCCAGGUCAUCUCCUGAAGAGACAGUUGAGCCUGAAAACCUUCACCAGCUCUUUGAGGGUGAAAGCGAGACCGAGUCCUUCUAUGGCUUUGAAGAAGCUGACCUAGAUCUGAUGGAGAUCUGAGUGUUGGGGUCAUGAGCUGGUGUGAAGUGGGGGUGGGAAAGUGUGAGGGUGGGUAGAGGGAUUUAGGGAAAAGGGGGUAUACCAGGUGGGGUAUUUGGUUUAUAUUUUUUAAUUUUAUGCCACCAUUCCCCCCACAUGGUGACUUACACUUCCCUCUGGAUUUGUGGAUUAUUAAUACCAGUAGUGAUCACAUCUGAGCCAAGGAGCUGGCCCACUGGUCAUUCACUUAUGCUAAAAACAGGUUUUUGUGACUUUUUUUUUUUUUUAAUCACUGUUUGGUAUUUUUCUGACAAAAUCAAGGAAGAAAAAAAAAUUCUUUGUGGGUGAAUGUUAAAUUUUCCCCUUUUACCUCAACUGUACCGUAGUACAUGUGGGUUUUCUGGUUGUUGUACUGUGCGGCCAAUGUCUUCGGGCAUGAUGCUGUCCAACCAUUGUCAAUGUGAGAGCAUUUCUGAAGAUGGGAAAGGCAAAAAUGUGUAGCUCACAAGCUGGUUUAUUAUAUAUAUGGAUAAAAAACCUUUUUCAUUGUGGUCUUAACACUUUUAUAUAAAAAUGAAAAUGGAAAAAAAUCCCACUGAACUCUCUCUUCCUUCUCCUUUCCUCCCCUCUCCAGAGAUGUUGGUUUCUACAGCAACUCUAGAUACAAAAUUGUGGCUUUAAAAAAUGCAUGAAACCACCUUAAUCAUCCAGAAUGAUGAGUAGAUUUGUUUUUCCUUACCACCCUCCGUCCAGCAAAAACACACACAAAAAAACUAUCCUUUGCACUUGGGAUCCUUGGCCACCCUUCCCAUUCUCACACCAUCCCUCUGGACAAAGGGUCAUGCAUGUGUCAUUGGCAAGAGAGUGUCAGGGUGGGAAGCAUUCCCAGCAUAUGGGUCUUCAUCCUGCAGACCCCAGGGGCAAUUCCCUGCUUUGUUGAACUCCAUCCUGUAAGUGGACAGCAUGCCUGUUUGAGAGAGCACGUCAUGCAGCCAGGAGCUAAUUGUGCAAGAAGUGUUAAACUUUAACAAACCAGACCCCUUGUUGAAAUCCUGAUUACUCUGGCUUUCCCCUCUCUUAAUGCUUAGGGAAGAAUCUAACCAGAAGAAACACAGGGGUGUGCACAAAGAAAAAGACAUGAAUCUUUAUUUUUCACUGCCAGCUUCAAGGAAGAAAAUUUUUCUACAGUUUGCAUGAGGGAUAUUUUUAAAUUGUAUGUUCUCAUGGUUAUAAACUGAAAUGUACUCGAACGUACAGAAAAAAAGAAGCAAAAAAUCCAAGUCCACCUUUCCCUCAGCUACACCAUGCUUCUGUCCAUCCUGAGGCUUUCAGCAACAUUUCACUCCUGUGAGCCAAGGAGGCAACGUGCACAAGCUUGUAAAUCGGUCAUCCUUAAAAUGUACAUAAGUGGAACAUACAGUAAAUGAGGGGAAGUGGAUUUAUAAGCAAUGUGGUUUUUGUUUUUUUUUUAGGUGACCAUAUUUUAAUAGGCUUUCAGGCUGGGAGACGUUGAUGUGAUGGGCCUGGUGGUACAGGUGUGAUGUUACCACCUAUUUGUCCUCACUCCCACCUUUUUAACCCCCAGCACACUCUAAAGUAGUGAACUGGAGUGAUCCCUCCCAUAAGCAGCCUGGCCAGCCUUGUGAACCCAUGGCAUCUGAAAAGAGAACUGAGGAUCCACCUGGGCUUCUCUUCCCCAGCUUUUUGCCUGAUGCCAUUUUGACAGAAUAUGGACUUCAAACCUUUGAGAAUAUUCAACUAUGGUCAACUCUAUCUACAACCUCAUCCUUCUCUGGUAGUCUCUGCAGCAGCCCCAGCCUUAGCUGAGCUGGAUCCCUGGUUUUUGCACACUAUGACUUCAUUGGUGGGUAGUUUUUUUAAGACCAUAAUACCAACAGUGGAUUGGCUGGGUUUUGGCCAGGAAGUUACCUUUGUGGAUUCUGCCCGCAUGGCUUAGUAGUAGAAGGAAAUUUUUUUGUUUUUUAUAAAUCAGUUUAAUCAAUAAACAAGUAUUUAUUGACUACUCUGUGUUGAGACUGAAUGUGUGGAAGAAUCAGAUUGUAAACUCACAGUUUUUACUUAAAUUCUAGUUUGAUGUAAUAAUGGAUGAUACAAAUGGAGGGAUGUUUGGAUUCACCCUCAGCUCUCCUCACUAAAUUUCUGUUAAUAGAUUUUGGGUUUGCAACCUAUGUUAGUUUCUCAAAGAGGAUAUGCAUCGGAAUCACCUACGGUGGUCAAUUGGCUUAAAAGAAGGAGUUUUAAGUGUAAUUUGACUAAUACUUCAACUGAUUUGACUUAUAGCUAUACUUGAUAACUUUUAAUAACAUAUAGUACCUUUAAGAGGUUUUCUGACCUAUUUGGGCAAUAGACAUUUAGGUUA